AUGGCGUCGGGGGAUGCAGAGUACUCGAUCAGCCCAGCAGAGGAGCUCCCUCUCAAUGAUGAUUGCUUUCAUUAUGAGGGUAAACACGAGGUGCCUUGGGACAUUCAAAAAUAUUUCGCCCAACGAUACUCCAUAUUUUCACUAUACGACUAUGGCGUUUACAUGACAGAUGAUGCCUGGUUUGGUGUUACUCCUGAGCCCGUAGCCAAUCAAGUCGCACAUGAUAUGUAUGGUACCGACAAGAAGAAGCAUAUUCUCAUCGACGUAUUUGCCGGCGCCGGCGGAAACACCAUCGCCUUCACCCUCUCAGAGCGAUGGAGCCGCAUCAUCUCAGUUGAACGCGACCCUUCAACUCUCGCCUGCGCCCAAAACAACUCCAAGGUCUACGGAAUUGAACCAGGCAUCAUCACAUGGGUCCUCGGUGACAGUUUCGAGUUUCUUGACAAGCUCUUCAACCACCCAGAGGAGCUCCAUCCAGACCUAAGGGUCAACCUGGAUGAGACGGUGCUAUUUGCAAGCCCACCAUGGGGAGGUCCCGGGUAUCGUACCGACGAGGUGUUUAACUUGUACGACAUGCAGCCGUAUAACCUUGCCGAUCUACACAAUGCAUACAAGAGACUGGAUCAUGCCCUCUUCCUUCCUCGGACGAGCGACAUUCGGCAAAUUGCCAAGCUGGCGCCUCCUGAUCGCAAGGUCGAGGUGGUCCAGUACUGCAUGGAGGGUGCCAGCAAGGCCAUGGUGGCCUACCUACCAGGAAGCUAUCCGAAACAAGCGAGCGAGUGA